UAUAACUGUAUCAGUACUCGUUUUAUAUCACUUCCAGACUCUUGAGGAAAACGUAAUGAAGUGACGCUUUUGAUUCUCGGAGUGCUACUCCAAGGUUGCGACGUCACUUCUCUAGUGCUUCUUAGAUCCUGAAACUCUCCAAAAAUGGCCGCAACAUUAUCUCAUCAGUACCACCACUGCCACAAUUCCAUAUCAGCGAUAAAACUUUCGGAGAAACGGCUAACCGAUUCCAAGCCCAGAACUUCGAUACCGAUUCCAAGUUGUAGAAGAAAACCAAAGAACUCAAUCGAAAAUCGCCGAGAUUCGUCGCUCAGACGGGCUAUUCGGAAUCAUGUCGAUUCUGGGCAAAUGAGGGAAGCGCUUGAAAUCUUCGAGAAAAUGGAUUGUUCCGAGACGUAUGUUUGGAAUCUUAUGAUUAGAGGGUUUACGGAUAAUGGGUUGUUUUUCGAGGCCAUUAAUUUUUAUCGCAGAAUGGAGAACCAAGGAAUUCAAGCGGAUAACUUUACCUACCUAUUUGUGAUCAAGGCUUGUGGUGCUUCGUUGUCGUUUUUCGAAGGACAAAAGGUCCAUGGAAAGUUGUUUAAGGUUGGGUUGAAUUCAGAUGUUUGUGUCUGUAACUCGCUUGUUUCUAUGUAUGGGAAGUCUGGUUUUAUCAAGCUUGCAGGCGAGCUGUUUGAUGAAAUGCCUGUGAGAGAUCUCGUAUCUUGGAAUUCCUUGGUUGGUGCAUAUGUGGCUGUUGGGGAUGGUAGAAACUCGUUAGCUUGUUUGUUGGACAUGCAAGCAUUUGGAAUGACGCCUGAUCGGGUCAGCAUGAUUAGCGCGCUGAAAGCUUGUUCCAUAGAGUGUUUUAUCCGAAGCGGGAAAGAAGUUCAUUGCCAAGUUCUUAAAUGUGGGUUUGAAUUGGAUCUCAUGGUUCAGACUUCGCUUCUUGACAUGUAUAGCAAGUGUGGUAGGGUGGAUUAUGCGGAGAGAUUGUUUCGAGAGAUUUCUCAGAAAACUAUUGUGGUUUGGAACGCGAUGAUGGGAGGGUUUGUUCUGAAUUCGCAGCCUCAAAAGUCAUUUGCUUGCUUGAAAAAGAUGCAAGAAGAUGAUAACUUGAGCCCUGAUGCUAUUUCAAUCAUAAACUUCCUCCCCUCAUGUGCCCAGUUUGGAGCCUUCUUGGAUGGUAAAUCUUCUCACGGAUAUGCCAUUAGAAAAGGGUUUCUCCCUCAUGUUGUGUUGGAAACUUCUUUGAUUGAUUUAUAUGGUGCCUUUGGAAAACCAAAAUUGGCGGAAUAUAUAUUUGGUCAAAUGGAAGAAAAAAGCCUGGUAACUUGGAGUUCCAUGAUUUCUGCUUACGUACAAAAUGAACAGAAUGAGGAAGCAUUAAACCUAUUUCUAGAACUCUUGAUAAAGCCUCUACAACCAGAUGCUAUUACAUUGGCAAGCGUCCUACCCGCAUACUCUGAAGUGGCCACGCUUAAGGAGGGGAAGCAAAUUCAUGGUUAUAUAUCAAAAUCAGAACACCGCUCAAAUACGUAUAUCUUGAAUUCACUUGUCUACAUGUAUGCAAAGUGCGGCGAACCAGAGACUGCUCGAGCAAUUUUUGACCGCAUAUUGUUUAGGGACGUGAGUUCAUGGAACACUAUUAUUAUGGCUUAUGCCAUUCACGGUUUUGGAAGAAAAUCAAUCGAAUUGUUCUCCAUGAUGAGAGACGAGGGCAUCAGACCCAAUUACAUCACAUUUGUUUCCUUGUUAACAUCUUGCAGCACAUCUGGCAUGGUCGACGAGGCGUGGAGAUUCUAUAACUCAAUGAAGAGGGACUACAACAUUGUUCCCGGGAUAGAGCAUUAUGGCUGUAUCCUUGAUCUUAUCGGUCGAACAGGCAAUCUUGACCGAGCCAAGAAUUUUAUUGAAGAAAUGCCAUUGACACCCACAGGCCGAAUCUGGGGAUCAUUACUAACGGCUAGUAGAAACCAUAGAAAUAUUGAGCUCGCCGAACAUGCUGCGGAACACAUUUUUGCUUUGGAACAUGAUAAUACAGGGUGUUACGUUUUGCUUUCGAAUUUGUAUGCCGAAGCUGAAAGGUGGGCAGAUGUGGAGCGGAUAAAAUCACUAAUGAAACAAAGGGGAAUCAAGAAAACUGUUGGAUGGAGCUUGGUUGAGAGUACUACAUCAAGUAAGCCUUACAAGUUCAUCAAUCAAGAUAAAUCACACGUUCAAACAAACAUUAUCUAUGAUGUCUUGAGCAUACUCUUGAGGAAGAUAGGGGAAGAGAAAAGUGUCCAUGGAAUGAUCAAGUUAAAGCCACAAGAUUUGAAGAACAACAGAGCAUAUUCCGCAGAGAAUCACAGUGUGAGAUUGGCAAUCUGUUUUGGCUUGAUCUCCACAAAAGUUGGAAAACCUGUUCUUGUGAGGAAAAACACAAGAAUUUGCAAAGAUUGCCAUAGUGUUGCAAAGAAGAUUUCGGAGAUUACCAAGAGAGAGAUAGUAGUAGGGGACUCUAAAGUUUUCCACCAUUUUAGAGAUGGGAAUUGCUCAUGCGGUGAUUAUUGGUGACUGUUGGUAAUUAAAAAAAGAAAAAAGGUUGGUGAA